GCAUUCCAUUUUAUCAAACGGUGAAUCAUCAUCACGCGCCACCGCGACGAGAGAGAGAGAGAGAGAAUUGAAAUUGGAAGACGUGGGAAGCAGCAAAUGGACGGCGAAACGACGGCGUUUCGACAGAGAGAUCGGCGUCCAGAGGCGCUCGGCGCUCUCAGCGUCCUCCCAGACGAAACCAUAUGCGUCCUCCUCGAGUACCUUGCUCCACGAGACAUCGCUCACCUCGCUUGCGUCAGCAGUGUCAUGUACAUUCUAUGCAACGAAGAGCCUCUAUGGAUGAGCUUAUGCCUCAGAAAAGCAAAAGGUCCUCUCGACUACAAAGGCUCCUGGAAAAACACCACACUGCAUCUAGAAGGAGUUACUCGAGAUAAUGAUACAAAGCCUUUGCAUUUUGAUGGGUUCAAUUCGUUGUACUUGUAUAAACGAUUCUAUAGGUGUAAUGCGUCUCUUGACGGCUUCUCUUUUGAUGAUGGGAAUGUCGAACGUAGGAGAGACAUCUCCUUGGAUGAGUUUACCAAGGAAUACGACGCUAAGAAACCUGUUUUGCUGUCUGGUCUUGCUGAUUCUUGGCCAGCUAGCAGUACAUGGACAAUUGACCAGUUAUCAGAGAAAUAUGGUGAAGUCCCGUUUAGAAUCUCUCAGCGGAGUCCGAACAAGAUUUCUAUGAAGUUCAAGGAUUACAUCUCGUAUAUGAAACUCCAGAGGGAUGAAGAUCCUCUUUACGUUUUCGAUGACAGGUUUGGGGAAGCUGCUCCUGAGUUGUUGAAAGACUAUAGUGUGCCUUAUUUGUUUCAAGAAGAUUGGUUUGAGAUUUUAGACAAAGAGAACCGUCCGCCAUACAGAUGGCUUAUAGUUGGUCCGGAGAGGUCUGGUGCAUCUUGGCAUGUUGAUCCAGCUCUUACCAGCGCCUGGAACACCCUGCUUUGCGGUCGGAAAAGGUGGGCGUUGUAUCCCCCUGGAAAAGUGCCUCUAGGUGUUACAGUCCAUGUCAAUGAAGAUGACGGUGACGUCAGCAUCGACACCCCCUCUUCUCUGCAGUGGUGGUUAGACUAUUAUCCUCUCCUAGCCGACGAAGACAAACCCAUUGAGUGCACACUACUAGCUGGCGAAACGAUUUAUGUUCCAAGUGGUUGGUGGCACUGUAUCCUCAAUCUUGAACCAACAGUGGCCGUUACCCAGAAUUUUGUGAACAAAGAAAACUUUGGGUUCGUGUGUUUGGACAUGGCGCCUGGGUACCAGCACAAAGGGGUGUGUCGUGCUGGGCUCCUUGCUCUUGACGAUGGAAACUCUGAAGAGAUGGAAGAAGAAACACACGAUGAGGACGACAGUACUCUGAGCUAUUCUGACCUUACCAGGAAAGAGAAGAGGGUCCGUAUGAACGGAGAGGGAGAGACUGAAAACCACGAAGAGGAUGCCAAUGGAGUCUCAAAGAGAUACAAUAUGUGGAAGAAUGGAUUCUCUUAUGAUAUCGAUUCUUUGUCGAAGUUUCUUGAUAAAGAAAGAGACCAUUACAAUUUUCCAUGGUCUAUGGGGAACUCUGUAGGUCAACGAGAAAUGAGGGGCUGGCUAUCCAAGCUUUGGGUUCUAAAGCCGGAGUUGAGAACCUUAAUAUGGAAGGGAGCAUGCAUUGCUUUAAACGCUGAGAAAUGGUUGCGAUGUCUAGAGGAAGUAUGUACUUUCCACAACUUGCCGUCGGUUACGGAAGAUGAAAAGCUUCCAGUUGGAACUGGCAGCAAUCCUGUUUAUCUGUUCUCCGACUAUGCGGUAAAACUGUUUGUGGAAGGAGGGUUGGAACAGUCUAUGUACGGUCUUGGCACUGAGCUGGAGUUUUAUGACAUUCUUGGCCGGGCUAAUUCUCCUUUGAAAAGCCAUAUCCCUGAUGUUCUAGCAAGCGGGAUUCUUUACUUGGAAAAAGGAUCUUACAAAGUUAUCCCUUGGGAUGGCAAGAGAAUCCCAGACAUUCUCACUAGCUCCAAUCUCGAUUUUGAUGCAUCAAUGUUGAACAGCGAGUUCCCAUUUGGUAUUUGGAACAAAACGCUACUUCAACAUAGGAACAAGGGGAAGCCUCCAGCACACGAUUCUUUCGGUUCAUUGAGUUCACAUGUUUGGCCCUAUAUUAUAACACAGAGAUGCAAAGGGAAGAUAUUUGCUCAACUAAGAGAUGACCUGACAUGGAGCGACGCUCAGAACUUGGCUACCUUUUUGGGACAACAACUACGCAACCUUCACCAACUGCCAUAUCCUCCAGUCACACGUCCUGAGUUAUUGAAUGCAAACGAUGCUCAUGAGGAGUUGAAGAUUCCUCCAGAAUGGAAAGUCUUCGUCGAUGAUCUGUGCCAAAAGAAGAAGGACGUCACUAGUCGUCUGGAGAACUGGGGAAAUCCUAUUCCUAAGGCUUUGAUGAACAAAAUAGACGAAUACAUGCCUGAUGAGUUCUUUGUGGAUUUGCUCCAUGUUUUCAAGGACACAGAUGUUGGAGACGAAACCAAGCCCUGCACCUGGAUACACUCGGACGUCAUGGACGACAACAUCCACAUGGAACCAUGCGCAGCUGAUGAUUCUGUUGAUGGCCAACACAACUCAUGGCGUCCCGGUCAUAUUCUUGACUUCAGCGAUUUAUCCAUAGGGGAUCCCAUCUUCGAUUUGAUACCAAUACACUUGGACGUGUUCAGAGGAGACACUGAUCUUUUCAAGAAGCUUCUAGAGAGCUACGGCCUUCCUUUAAUCAGAAGUAAAUCGGCGGCAGCAGACGGUACGAGGAAGAAAGUACUGUCUCCUUCCUACCGCACAAUGUGUUAUUGUUUAUUGCAUGAAGACAAUGUGUUGGGUGCAAUGUUCAGUAUCUGGGAUGAACUUCGGACAGCUGAAUCAUGGGAACAGGUUGAACUCACUGUUUGGAGUCUACUCAACUCGUACUAGUCUCUUUCCAACCAAUAAUUUAUAUUACACAUCACCAAACUAAAUGUGUCUAAAAUAAAUCAAUGCUGUAAAAUCACGUUUUGUGUGUAGAAGAAAAGCUACAAGAACAUGAAAUCUCUUUGUUUUUGGUAAUGCAAAUGAAAAAAAAAAUGGUCACAAAACGAAA